CUCCUCCUCCUCCACCUCCUCCACCUCCUCCUCCUCCUUCUCCCUCCCGGCCUCCCUCUCCCAGCCAAACUGCCCGCCGGACCCCAGGCCGCCUCCCCGCCGCCGCCGCCCCGCCGCCGCCCGGCCUCCCCGCGAGCGCUCCACCAUGGACAGUCCUGUUUUCACCUUAUAAAGAUGGCGGUGCGGGAUCGCUGCAACCUUUAGACUAAUGACUGUCCGAAACAUCGCCUCCAUCUGUAAUAUGGGCACCAAUGCCUCUGCUCUGGAAAAAGACAUUGGUCCAGAGCAGUUUCCAAUCAAUGAACACUACUUUGGAUUGGUCAAUUUCGGAAACACGUGCUACUGUAACUCCGUGCUGCAGGCCUUGUACUUCUGCCGGCCGUUCCGGGAGAAUGUGCUGGCAUACAAGGCCCAGCAAAAAAAGAAGGAAAAUUUACUGACGUGCCUGGCAGACCUCUUCCACAGCAUCGCCACGCAGAAGAAGAAGGUUGGCGUGAUCCCACCAAAGAAGUUCAUCUCGCGGCUGAGAAAAGAGAACGAUCUCUUCGAUAACUACAUGCAGCAGGACGCUCAUGAGUUUUUAAAUUAUUUGCUAAACACCAUUGCGGACAUCCUGCAGGAGGAGAAGAAGCAGGAGAAACAGAACGGGAAGUUAAAAAACGGCAACAUGAAUGAGCCUGCAGAGAGUAAUAAACCGGAACUCACCUGGGUCCAUGAGAUUUUUCAGGGAACGCUGACCAAUGAAACGCGAUGCUUGAACUGUGAAACUGUUAGUAGCAAAGAUGAAGAUUUUCUUGACCUUUCUGUCGAUGUGGAGCAGAAUACAUCUAUUACCCACUGUCUGAGAGACUUCAGCAACACAGAAACACUGUGUAGUGAACAGAAAUAUUAUUGUGAAACGUGCUGCAGCAAACAGGAGGCCCAGAAAAGGAUGAGAGUGAAGAAGCUGCCCAUGAUUUUGGCCCUGCACCUGAAGCGAUUCAAGUACAUGGAGCAGCUGCACAGGUACACCAAGCUGUCCUACCGGGUGGUCUUCCCGCUGGAGCUCCGGCUCUUCAACACGUCCAGCGACGCCGUGAACCUGGACCGCAUGUACGACCUGGUGGCCGUGGUGGUUCACUGUGGCAGCGGUCCCAACCGUGGGCAUUAUAUUACUAUCGUCAAGAGUCAUGGCUUCUGGCUGUUGUUUGAUGAUGACAUUGUAGAGAAAAUAGAUGCCCAAGCUAUUGAAGAAUUCUAUGGCCUGACAUCAGAUAUAUCAAAAAAUUCAGAAUCUGGAUAUAUUUUAUUCUAUCAAUCAAGAGAAUAACUUAAAGAACUGCGGGACUCACUCCAGUGGGGGGAAAUGUUCCAAGCACUCCUAUGUGGUUUCCCUGCACCCUCUCCUCCCCAGCUGCCCACCAGGGGUAGGACGCCACGUCUGAUGGUCUGGCUGUGUUAGACUUUCUCUCCCUUUGGUUUAUUAUUUUUUUAUUUUAUUUUAUUUUAUUUUUUACAUGCAGCACUACUCGUGGUUUUAUUUUAGUCUGAGGUAGAGUUAACUGCAAUCAGAUUGUAGUAAGAUUUCUAUGAGUAACAGUUGCUAAUUUUAGGAUCGGGUAAACGCCCCACCACUGGCCGUGUCUGGCUGAAUCCGAGUGACAUUUCCAGCGAAUGUCUGCAGUCUGUUUGGGUCUCUGCUGCACGGCCUAAAUGCCUCCCGGGAUCGUGUCUCAGUGCAUUCCUUUGCCUUGUCCCCAGACGCACUGCUACCCAGUGUUUGCUGCUCUGCCCCGUUCCCGCCAGAAGGACAGAAGAAUUGGGUAGAUGUUCACCUUUUAGGGGGCUGCAAUCAUAGCUUUAAGUUUGUGCAAACGAAAACGUUUCAAAGUGAGUAACCUCAGUACGCAAAGCUUCCUCCAGGCCGAACAGGGUGACGAGAAGCUGUUCCUGGUGGCUGGUGGCUAGCGCCAGCCAAGGGCUGUGAGCCCCCGAGGCUAAGAAGGGAGGGAGCUCAGGGCAGGCGAAGCCCAGAGGAGGAAGCAUCCGUGGACAGGGAGAAGCUACUUUUCUUCUCUUUCUACCAAAACCAUGUGGCAGGAAAAGAACCCUGCGCUGUUUGUCUUUAGGGACCCUCUACUUCCGUGAGGUCCCGUGAGUUGUCUGUCCUCUCUCUGGCACUGCUGAGCAUUGUCACGGGUGUCUCUCCAGGCCUGCCGGUGUUGUGCGGUCUGUGGUCGCAGGGCUGGGACACCGCGGCCACUGCUUCCGGCCCAGCCCUCUGUGGCCAGGCAGCGCCCACAUCCUUCUCGCUCAGUGAGGACGGCGGCGCUGCCCCCUCGCCGCCAUCGGCCUCGUUGCCCAGCCGUUGGCUUUGUCACGUUUCCGGCCGUUUGUGCAGGCACCGAUGAGCCCCGGGACUGCCAUGGAACCUUCCCAAGAGGGGUUACUGGAGUUAGCUGGGUGUGGAGGUGGGUCCGAGGAAGUGCGAGUGGGUGGGCGGAGGAAUGAACAAAAUGUUGGCAUCUCUUUGGCUCAGACUCCUUGAAUGCUUGACAGGACCGCUUUCUGGAAGAACCUCAUCUCACUACAGUUACUUUUACCUUUUUCACUUUUGUUAUGUAUGUAUUUAUUAGAUCAUGCGCGUGUUGGUACCUUUUAUUGAAAGGGUCAGUUUGGUGUUUUGCUGUCGAGCUGGUUUUUGGAUUCUUUCAAGUAACUAUGGGUCCUAGAUCUUGGCGUCCUUUGGGAAGCCAGUGACUUCCAUACACUCUAACAUACUGUGAACGUAUUAUUUUGUUACCUAAUAAAUCGGCGAGUGAACACGCAGAUGUUUGGCAUAAUGUGAAUUAAAACUGAAAUCGAACAUGUUAGCGGCCAUCUUGUAACAAUGAAGAGCAUAGCACUUUAUCUAGGUGAAAACUGGAUUUCUUGUCUUUAAGAUACCUUGAACUGUUUAUUGCUCAGAACCUAACUAAGCAUGCCAACACUUCAUUUGUUCAUGCUUGUAGUGAAACGUUUUGCUUUUUACUGGAAAAGACAAAAACAGGGUGAUCUUCACGUUAUUGUUUUAUACAAGUGACGAAAAUAUACCUUGCCUUGUUUAGAGGCAAAUUCAUAUUUAUAAAUAUUUUGUCUUUUUUUUUCCUCCAUGAAACAUAUGCAGUAAUCACUUACCUGGAAGGUGAGUAUUUAUUCUGUUUUUAAGGAGAGACACUUCGCAAUUGAAGGUGACUGAUACAAGGAAUUGUUUGUACUAUAUAUAACCCAUAUAUUUGACUGCAGGUUGCAAAGUUUUAAGAAAAAAAUAAUGAUGGAUCAUAUCUAAUAUAUUUGGAACUGAUUCAUAAGAAAAACUAUUAAAAUUAUCUUUGAAAUGACUCUUGAAGCUAAUUUAUUAGAAAAAAAAUUUUCAAUUGGAAGCCUACAGUAGUAAUAUCUAAAUGCCAAGUCCUAGAUUCAGAGCAUAUUCUUUAUUACUAAUAUUAUUUCUUUUGUAUGUGUAAAGAGUUUUUCCCAGUGACUUAACAGAAGAAACUGAAAGGAUCAGUUAAAAUUCAGUAUUCCUGGAUAGAGGUUAGGAAUAGAGAACAAGUAUGGAAGGUAAUGGAAAAGCAUUAACAUGGUGAGGCAAGAAAAGAAGAUUGGAGAAAGACCAAAUCACACUUAUCUGCAGUCACUCCAUCAGAUUUUUAAACUUCAGAGCUAUCUGAUCAUUUCUUUCCUCUUCAAUAAAUGAGACAAACACAAGGCAGCUACAUUUCCCCUGUAUCAUUUCACUUCAUGUAAAGACAGUAGCAUGCAAACACUUCCAUUUUUCAUCCCUCAUUCAUCGUGGAAAGCAGAGAAUGGUGUGAGAUGUGUGCGACCAUUCUGAGGUCAACGAUAGCACAAAGGCUCAGCAGUAUUCCCUCAAAUCGCAGGGGUUUUGUGUGUCAUUUUCUAGCAGAGAGUGAGUGGGCCUGCUGUAUUUCUUUUAACUGCUGCGGUUUCAGAAUAAGUUACAGUGUUUCCCACUUGAACGAGAGAAGACAUGUUUGCUUUAUUGGUUACUUACUAGCUGAGCACCUAGGUUACGGUACAGUUUGCUAAAAAGGCAUUUGUGUGAGAACCAAUUUUGACGAAAUGCUGACCCCCAGUCCUGUUACACGGGUGCAUUUUCCAUUCCAAGGCAGCAGUGGGCUGCUGUGCAGAGAGUCAAGGAACACUACAAAAAGGUGUUGGCUUGAAUCGGAAGCCAGUCGUAUGUGGCAUUACGGCCUGGCAUAUUUUGGAUUUCAGAUGAAAUAGGGAAAAAAAUGAUAGGAAUGGUCCCUAUACAUUUAUUUUCAUGAAUGUGCUUAAUUUCACAGGCAUGCCUAACCACGAACUAUGUUCUAACUGGGGCUUAGGACUUAUUUUAGCUAUUGGAGUGUAGCUUUAUUACAGAUGGGUUUUAUCUUUAAACUGCAUUUUGAUCAACUUUGUAUAUUCACAUGUAUUAAACUACCGUGCACUAAAUGUUUUGCCCUCAUUUGCUCUUAGAUGGUCAAGGCAUUUAUGCACACUGUUGUGAAUAACUCAUGUAAAUGGCAUGGGUCAGAGAAAAUUAUUUCCCACUUUUCUGCCUAAUUAAAUUUCUGUUUUCCAGUAUUACAUUAAUUUAUUUUUGGCUUUCAUUUUUUUUUUUUUUGUAACCAAAGUAGUUACUGUAUUUGUGUGGCCUUUGUUUGAUUUUGUUGCUAAAGAAAAGAAAGUUUAGUUUUUAUUUAAAAUAAUCUGUACCUUAAUUUUCUUUUUAAUGUAACCAAUUCAAGCACUUUAAGCAAUAACGUCAAUCUUGUGAAAGUUCAAUCAGUUUAACACCCUGCGUCUAAAAUUGUUUGCAAAAAAAUAAAUAAAUGUAAUAGGAAUUUUC